UAGCGUGUCUAAUGGAGGCGUGAGGAACAAACAUUACACUUCCACUCUCUCUCCAAAAUAAAAUGAAUUCUCCAUCGUCGCCAAACACCAACUAUCUUCUACUUGCAGCUUUUCUCCUCUUCUCGCAAUCGGUGCUAACUGCUUCCCGAAAUCUAGACCCGAAGCACCUCCGCCAGCUCAAUCACGUCGGCGCGGAUGACUCUCCGACUUACAUUUGGCCGUUGCCUUCGCAGUACACCUCCGGCAACCAAACUCUCACCGUUAACCCCAAUCUGGCCUUAUUCACUGGCGGAAACGGCGGCGGCUCUCGAAUCGUUUCCCAAGCAUUUGAAAGGUACAAGAGAAUCAUCUUCGAACACGCUAGUUUAAAGUUGCCGGCCGCUGGAGUUGACUAUGAUCUCAGUAAACUGACUAUACUUGUUCACUCAGAUGAUGAAGAGCUUCAACUUGGAGUUGAUGAGAGUUACAAUUUGUUGGUGGCCGCCAGCGACGCGCAUUCGGUGAUCGGUGAAAUCACAAUUGAGGCAAAUUCUGUCUAUGGAGCGCUGCAUGGCCUAGAGACACUGAGCCAGCUAUGUGCUUUUGAUUAUGGUACCAAAACUGUAAAACUGUAUAAUGCUCCAUGGUACAUUCAAGAUAAGCCGAGAUUUGAAUACCGCGGUCUUCUGCUUGAUACAUCUAGGCACUAUUUGCCAAUUGAGAUAAUCAAGCAAGUUAUAGAGUCUAUGUCAUUUGCUAAACUUAAUGUCCUCCACUGGCACAUCAUAGAUGAAGAGUCAUUUCCUCUUGAAGUCCCAAGUUUCCCGAAUUUGUGGAAAGGGGCAUAUACAAAAUGGGAGCGAUAUACCAUAGACGAUGCUUCUGAAAUUGUCGAUUUUGCAAAACAGAGAGGUAUUAAUGUCAUGGCAGAAGUUGAUGUUCCUGGACAUGCAGAAUCAUGGGGGACAGGAUACCCUGAUCUUUGGCCAUCCUCUUCCUGCAGAGAGCCUCUAGAUGUUUCUAAAAACUUUACGUUUGAUUUGAUCUCUGGCAUACUCUCAGACAUGAAGAAGAUAUUUCCUUUUGGACUUUUCCAUUUAGGUGGUGAUGAGGUCAACACAGAUUGUUGGACCUCAACCCCCCAUGUGAAGCAAUGGCUUCAAGAUCAUAGUAUGACUGCAAAAGAUGCAUACAAAUAUUUUGUACUACGAGCUCAGGAAAUAGCUAUAUCUCUAAAUUGGACUCCAGUUAAUUGGGAAGAAACCUUCAACAGCUUUCCUACAAGUCUCAACCCCAAGACGGUGGUUCAUAACUGGCUGGGAGCAGGUGUUUGUCCAAAGGCUGUGGCAAAAGGUUUUCGAUGCAUUUACAGUAACCAAGGUUUCUGGUAUCUUGACCACUUAGAUGUCCCCUGGGAAUCAGUCUAUUACGCUGAGCCGCUAGAAGAUAUAACUGAUGCUUCACAACAAAAACUUGUGCUUGGGGGGGAAGUUUGCAUGUGGGGUGAAACAGCUGAUGCAUCGGAUGUACAGCAGACAAUAUGGCCUCGAGCAGCUGCAGCAGCAGUGAGUUCCAAUAAAAACUCUCAGACAUCUAGAUUUUCCUUAUUGACGAGUACAUCAGAGUGCAGAAAUCGCCAGUGUUCUUUCGUUGAGCGGCUAUGGAGUGUGCAGGAAUCUGGAUCUUCGCGUAACAGUACAACCGUGUUGCAAAGAUUAGAGUAUUUUCGCUGUCUGCUGACGAGGCGUGGUGUCUCAGCAGCCCCAGUUAGAAACUUUUAUGCUCGCCGUCCUCCAAUUGGUCCGGGUUCUUGUUACAGCCAGUGAGGGGAAGCUGACUCUGUUGAGAAACAUAUUUUUGGUGGGUUAUGGUUUUUCAAUAAGUCGAGUAAAUUGAUUAGCAUCUCCUGCCUAACAAACAUACGCCUUGCCACCUCUUGUUUGUCUACUUUGUAUUGUAAUUGUGGAUGUUUUCAUUUUGAUUUUUUUUAGAUACAAGAUAUAUUAGUGUA